AUGAACGGGACGGAGGGCGAGAACUUCUACGUGCCCUUCUCCAACCGCACGGGCGUGGUGCGCAGCCCCUUCGAGUACCCGCAGUACUACCUGGCCGAGCCCUGGCAGUUCUCCAUGCUGGCCGCCUACAUGUUCCUGCUCAUCGUGCUGGGCUUCCCCAUCAACUUCCUCACGCUCUACGUCACGGUGCAGCACAAGAAGCUGCGCACGCCGCUCAACUACAUCCUGCUCAACCUGGCGCUGGCCGACCUCUUCAUGGUCUUCGGCGGCUUCACCACCACCCUCUACACCUCCCUGCACGGCUACUUCGUCUUCGGGCCCACGGGCUGCAACAUGGAGGGCUUCUUCGCCACGCUGGGGGGAGAAGUGGCCCUGUGGUCCCUGGUGGUGCUGGCCAUCGAGCGCUACGUGGUGGUGUGUAAGCCCAUGAGCAACUUCCGCUUCGGGGAGAACCACGCCAUCAUAGGCGUCGCCGUCACCUGGGUCAUGGCCCUGGCCUGCGCCGCGCCCCCCCUCGUCGGCUGGUCCAGGUACAUCCCUGAAGGCCUGCAGUGCUCGUGUGGGAUCGACUACUACACGCCGAAGCCCGAGAUCAACAACGAGUCCUUCGUCAUCUACAUGUUCGUGGUCCACUUCUCCAUCCCCAUGUUCAUCAUCUUCUUCUGCUACGGGCAGCUGGUCUUCACCGUCAAGGAGGCGGCGGCCCAGCAGCAGGAGUCGGCCACCACCCAGAAGGCCGAGAAGGAGGUCACGCGCAUGGUCAUCCUCAUGGUCGUCGCCUUCCUCAUCUGCUGGCUGCCCUACGCCAGCGUGGCCAUGUACAUCUUCACCCACCAGGGCUCCGACUUCGGGCCCACGUUCAUGACGCUGCCGGCGUUCUUCGCCAAGUCCUCCUCCAUCUACAACCCCGUCAUCUACAUCAUGAUGAACAAGCAGUUCCGGAACUGCAUGCUCACCACCCUCUGCUGUGGCAAGAGCCCGUUCGGCGAAGAGGAGACCUCUACCGUCUCCAAGACAGAGACCAGCCAGGUGGCACCGGCCUGA